UGGGGAUGAGGUGGGAGGCGCUAGAAGCCACUUAGCUACAGCCUGGCGCCCGAUGCGGCGCUCGCUCGCUGCCCCCGCCACCGAAGCGCCCGCCAGGCACAAUGCAGCACUGAGGCAGCGGCGGCUGCGGCAGUGGCGCGGGCUGGGAAGGGGCGGCCGGGAGCCUGAGCCCGGGGCCGGGGCACGAGCAGCUGAGCGCCGCCACCAUGCAGGCAGCGGUGGCCGCGUCCUUCUGGCUGCUCUGCGUCUUGGGGACCUGCCCCCUGGCGCGCUGCGGUCGGGCAGGAGACGCCUCACCGAGAGAACUGGAGAAGGGGAACGAAAACCGCUUCCUGGAGCGCCAGAGCAUCGUACCACUGCGCCUCAUCUACCGCUUGGGCGGCGAAGACGAAACUCAGCACCACCAGCUCAACACACGGGUGCGGGGCGACCCUGGCGGACCGCAGCUGGCUCACGUGGACAAGGCAAGCUUCCAGGUGGACGCCUUUGGAACCUCAUUCAUUCUUGAUGUCCUGCUGAACCACGAGUUGCUGUCCUCUGGUUAUGUAGAGAGACAUAUUGAACAUGGCGGCAAAGUCGUGGAAAACAAAGGAGCAGAACACUGUUAUUACCAGGGCCAGAUCCGAGGAAACGCUGUCUCAUUUGUUGCCCUGUCGACGUGCCACGGACUCCAUGGGAUGUUCUAUGAUGGGAACCAUACGUAUCUCAUUGAGCCAGAAGAAAAUGAGAUGUCGCAAGAGGAGUCUCAUCUUCACUCUGUGUACAAAUCCAGACUAUUUGAAUUUCCCUUGGAUGACCUUCCAUCUGAAUUUCAACGUGUAAAUAUCACUCCCCCCCAGUUUAUUUUGAAGCCGAGGCUGAAGCGGAGGAAAAGACAGCUUCUUCGAUUUCCUCGGAAUGUAGAGGAAGAAACCAAAUACAUCGAACUGAUGAUUGUGAAUGAUCAUCUCAUGUUUAAAAAGCACCGGCUUUCUGUUGUCUAUACAAACACCUAUGCGAAGUCUGUGGUGAACAUGGCGGAUGUGAUCUAUAAAGACCAACUUAAGACUAGGAUAGUAUUGGUUGCCAUGGAAACCUGGGCUGCUGACAACAAGUUUGCCAUAUCUGAAAACCCACUGAUCACCCUGCGUGAGUUCAUGAAAUACAGGAGGGAUUUUAUCAAGGAGAAGGCUGAUGCGGUCCACCUUUUCUCGGGCAGUCAAUUUGAGAGUAGCCGGAGCGGGGCAGCUUAUAUUGGUGGGAUUUGCUCGCUGCUGAGAGGAGGAGGCGUGAAUGAAUUUGGCAAAACGGAUUUAAUGGCAGUUACACUUGCUCAGUCAUUAGCCCACAAUAUUGGUAUAAUCUCAGACAAGAGAAAAUUAGCGAGUGGUGAGUGUAAAUGCGAGGACACCUGGUCCGGGUGCAUAAUGGGAGACACCGGCUACUAUCUCCCGAAAAAGUUCACUCAGUGCAACAUUGAGGAAUACCAUGACUUCCUGAAUAGUGGUGGUGGUGCCUGCCUGUUCAACAAGCCUUCCAAGCUUCUUGAUCCUCCCGAGUGUGGAAACGGCUUCAUUGAAACUGGAGAGGAGUGUGACUGUGGCACCCCUGCGGAAUGUGCCCUUGAAGGGGCGGAGUGUUGUAAGAAAUGCACCUUGACCCAGGACUCUCAAUGCAGUGAUGGCCUCUGUUGUAAAAAGUGCAAGUUUCAACCUCUGGGGACUGUGUGCCGAGAAGCGGUGAAUGACUGUGACAUUCGUGAAAUAUGUUCAGGAAAUUCAAGCCAGUGUGCCCCAAAUGUGCAUAAAAUGGAUGGGUAUUCGUGUGAUGGUACUCAGGGAAUUUGCUUUGGAGGAAGAUGUAAAACCAGAGAUAGACAGUGCAAAUACGUCUGGGGGCAAAAGGUGACAGCAUCUGACAGGUACUGCUAUGAGAAACUGAACAUUGAAGGGACUGAGAAGGGCAACUGUGGGAAAGACAAAGACACAUGGACACAGUGCAACAAACGGGAUGUGCUUUGUGGUUACCUUCUGUGCACAAAUAUUGGCAAUAUCCCAAGGCUCGGAGAGCUUGACGGUGAAAUCACGUCCACCUUAGUUGUGCAGCAAGGAAGAACAUUAAACUGCAGUGGGGGGCAUGUUAAGCUUGAAGAAGACGUGGAUCUUGGCUAUGUGGAAGACGGAACACCCUGUGGUCCUCAGAUGAUGUGCUUGGAACACAGGUGUCUUCCUGUGGCUUCCUUCAACUUCAGCACUUGCUCAAGCAGUAAAGCAGGCACCGUGUGCUCAGGAAAUGGAGUUUGCAGCAAUGAACUCAAGUGUGUGUGCAACAGGCACUGGACAGGUGCUGACUGCAGCACCCACUUUCCUCACAAUGAUGAUGCUAAGACUGGCAUCACCCUGUCUGGCAAUGGUGUUGCUGGCACUAAUAUCAUAAUAGGAAUAAUUGCUGGCACCAUUUUAGUGCUGGCCCUCAUAUUAGGAAUAACUGCCUGGGGUUAUAAAAACUACCGAGAACAGAGACAGUUACCCCAGGGAGAUUAUGUUAAAAAGCCUGGAGAUGGCGACUCUUUUUAUAGCGACUUUCCUCCUGGAGGCAGCACAAACUCAGCAUCUAGUUCUAAGAAGAGGUCAAAUGGACUCUCUCAUUCUUGGAGUGAAAGGAUUCCAGACACAAAACAUAUUUCAGACAUCUGUGAAAAUGGGAGACCUCGAAGUAACUCCUGGCAAGGUAACAUGGGUGGUAGCAAAAAGAAAAUCAGAGGAAAAAGAUUUAGACCUCGAUCAAACUCAACUGAGACCCUGUCACCUGCCAAGUCUCCUUCUUCAUCAACUGGGUCUAUUGCCUCCAGCAGAAAAUACCCGUACCCGAUGCCGCCGCUUCCUGAUGAGGAGAAGACAGUGAACCGACAGAGUGCCAGGCUAUGGGAGACAUCCAUUUAAGAACAACUGUUUACAUGUGACACAUCGAAACUGUUUACUUCUACUUUUCUAGAAACCCAGCCACCCGCAAUCACUGCAAAUCUAUCUGCUCUCUGGACGAUUUCAAGACCCUCUGAGAUACCAGAGGCGAGAAAGCCACGGGUCAUACCUGGAUACCAUACUUUUUUUCUUUUCUUUUUUUUUUUGUCAUUGGCUUAAAACCAAAUGGUAAAAAGAAUUACUGGAAUGUCACACUACAACAAGGAACCAUUUAUGGCCUGGUAUUGAUAUGUUAAUGGAUAAUCUGCAUGACAGAAAUUUGUAGAAUAUCAAUAAAAUUAAUUCCCAUGACCCAAGUUUAGCAGGUUUUCCUGAGGGACAGAAGUGGACUCAGAAUGGAGUGUUCUGAAACACAUCCUCAUUGCAAACAGUAACGCCAUAUGCAUGCAGCUUCUGGUUAUUGUUUUCCAUGUACACGGAAACAACAUUUCAUAAUAGAAACUAGCAUGCAGGACUAAGGCAUCUAGGAGUUUUCUGCAGGACUGCAGGCCUGGAAAGCUUUGAGAGGCCAAUAUCCCAUGCGCAAUCUUUAAACGUAUCUUUAUUUUUAUUUUUUACUUUUCAUAUUUAUAUUAGCAUACAAGGACAACUGUACAUAUGUAAACAUUUUUAAAAUUUAAAAAGUAACUGUUACACAUAAGUGUAUUUUUGCCAAAUGCCUACAGUCAGUCACAGUUCUGUCAUUGUUCUCCUUCCUGCGUCUUCAGAGCAUAAGUGGAUCAUAUUGUAAAUAGAGUGGUCAGUGCUGUAAAAGUAUCUCUCCAUAACUGGUGUUGGUCUGAAACAUGUGAUUUCCUUUUAAAGUGUGUACAGUCUGGAAGAGGUUUUAUUGAGUAAGAGAGAAAAAUGCUCAAACUUCUAGCCUCUGCAUCUGGCCGAAGGAGGAGGCCAGAUGUGUGGUAGCCAUGAAGCUUCAGGACACCCUGGAGCUGACGGGGUCUCUGGGAAUCUGUCAGCCUAUCCACUCCACGUCUAAGACCCAUGGUGCCUGUCACAGUAGCUGUUCUCAGUCAGUACCAGGGCAUAUAAACUAAUCUUACCUGGAGACCAUGGAGUCCCCUCCUCUCCAGAAAGUGUCUUCUGUGAUUGGCCAGAUGCACCGAAGACAUGGACCCCAGAGUGGGAAGCUCCCUCUUAACCAAUGCCUGAGCCUUGUCUGGUCUGCAGUUUGGGUUCCUAGACAGAAUCCUUUCAGUCAUUCUUACCUGUGACAGGAAUGACUCGCUUUCACAAUUUUGACACGUUUCAUGACUAGGAUGUAAGUCCCAGAAGAUCUUGCGGUCUGGCCUUGAAUAAGAUGGUAGAUGGUAACCUGAGCAAGGCAUAAAAGAUUAACUAAAGCCUAUGGUACACAGAUGCAGUAACUGCAAAGUUAACCAUAAGCCUGCAAAGGAAAGAGCCUGUGUUUUGUGCCCUAUAACUUUUAAUCCACUUUAAAAAAAUGAGUGUUCUAUGUGUACUCUUGUCAUUUAAAAUGAAACAUUAAUAGCUGUUUCAAUGCAAUGUUGUCAUCCAAAAAGCAAGUCCCUCCAGUGAGAUCUGAAGUUGGUAGGCUCAGUCAUGUGGUGUGCUGUGAAGCGCACUUCUGAUGCCCCUCCUCCUUGCUGUUUGAUGUGAGGAUUGGAGUCAGCAGACAAGAACUCAGACAUGGACUCUACAUUUGAUUUCUUCCAGAAGCGUCCAGGGACACAAUUUGUUCCAUCUAUGUGUAGAAUUGUCUUAGAUACCCAAAUUGAAGAGCCAGACUAGAAGAAGGCAAAGGUAUACUCAGUUCAUGUCUUUUGCAAUGGUCCACUCUUCUGAAACGAUCUGAAGGUGUUGGAAAACCAAUUUAAUCAGAUAAAAUUGUACAGUGAAAAACAGCAUUUUCUCAUGACCGGCAAGGAUAUAGGUUGCUGAUGGCUCAAUAAAGCAGUCUCAGACAAAGGCAUAAAUGAGUGUUGAACAAUGCCUCCACAUAACUUAAGGUAAGGACAGAAGGGCAGACAGGUGACAUAUGAAAGAGAUGUAGCAAAUGAAGUGACUUUUGAACAAGAACACUUUAAAUGUGCACUGAAUGUUUCUUGGAAUUGAGUAUAUAAAAGGCUAAUGUAAUAUAAGGUUUAUUUUGAGUACAGAAAAAAGAGUUUAUAGCUUUGAAUGAAUGGUGCCUCAUGUAAAUAUGCUUUGUAGUUAUAGUUAGUUACAUAAGCCCUAAUGUGAAAGAAUUCACAAAUGGUUAGCUAGUGAACUGAUUAUCUGUCUACCUACUGGUCUUUCCUUACCUUCUCAUUAUUUUUACCUGGACUUAUUAUUGAAAAUUAAAAUCAUUAUCACGUGCCUUUUCGGAGAAACAGCUGCUCUGGGUUGUAAUCAUCUUCAGACGAAAAAGUAGGAAAAGGUUUUGCUUAACUUGCAAAGUGAUUUUAGAAAAAUAAUAGCUUUAAUGUUCUAGUCUGGGUCUCUAUCUCCCAUGUUUAAGCAUUCUUAGAAUUGUUUUUGGAAUGAACAGACCUUUAGUCUUGAUGGAUAGCUUCAAGAAGUAUGUAUCAUUCCAUUUAACUAUGUAUGACUUCAUUCACUGAGGUAGACAGAAUAGACAAGUAGAAUCAAAUUCAAGCACAGUGAUUAUUUCGUUCUUAAAUGUCUAUUUUGAAGAGGAACUUUGAAGCUCCAUAGUGGUUUGAAUCAUGCAAAUUCAUACUUCCCAGUGUGCUGUGGGAUCAUCACUACACAGGGAAGGGCAGCAAUAUGUUCACUGGAUGCUGUUUCUCUUUCUCAUAAUCUUGGCAUUGAUAGGACUGCAAGAUAGUCCAGAUGCCUGAGAUGUCCCAUUAAGCAGAUCAUUUCUGUUCUCCAAUGAAAAGGGACAUUCAAAUCUUUCCACUAUGUUAGCAGGGGAAGUCUGCAGUGACAGAGAAUCCUUAAAGAAUGAACUGGCCAGACUCACUCUUCCCGGCCACUUUCCUUAGAUGGGAAGUCUUCCUCCAGAGUCAGCGAGAUAGAAAAUGACUCCAGUCACACUCAGUGCUGCUUAGAUGCUGCAGCAUGAGAUACUUAGUGUUCUGCAGUGGCUGGCUUUGAAGAACAAAAGCCAGCCACCCAGCCCCUCACUUAGAUGCUAGCUGAUGAGUAAGUUCUUUAGAGUUACUCAACAAGCAUUACUGUGGAUAAGAAACCAGGGCUUAGGAUGUCAUCUUAGCAGUAAGCAGGGUGCUCUGUGUCACGAUGUGAUGUCUCUUCCCCUUCUGGCUUCACAAGGCUUUUCAAAUAAUGUUUGCACAGGUCGGUCCAAUGUAGUCUUUAUGCAAGAGAGAUUGGUGGCACGUCUAAAAGAAGCCACUGUGAAGAUAAAAUUAGAUAUUUUCUGCCCACCAGAGGUGUGUGUGGCGGGUGGGGGUUGCUAUGUUUUCCAGGACAGAUCCAUAUGCUUUUCUUCUGUUGAGCACCUUAUCUAUCUGCCUGACUUCAUCCUGCCUGUUGCUCUAGACUUUCCGUAGCUACUUUACCUGUUGCCCUUUUUUGGACUUUGUCCUUUUUUGGGGUACCUUUACGCGAGGAAAAGUGUGACCUCUGCUUGCUUCUUUGCAGAUUUCAGAGUCAAGUUUGUUCAUUUCACUCUGUGAGUUUUCUAUUGUCCUGUAGUUCCAUCUUAACCUUAGAUCUAUACAGUGCUUUAGAGAAGCCCUUCCCUGAAGGUAAGAUUACUUUUUAUCUUACUUAAAUGUAAAGGAAAGGAAAGCUGUCUGGAAGGUUGCAGCAUAUAAAGAGAGGGGACAAAGUUUGGAACUGAUGGGAGUAAAGAAAAGCAAGACAUCCAGCUGCAUAGCCACGCAGGGCGCGGCUGGCUACAGCUACUGCCUGCCGUGUUUGGGACAUUCUCUUAGGAUCUGACCAGCGGCAAGUUGGCUUGAGCUUUGAGACACUUAGACUCCAGUUAGCAGCACAUAUUCUACUUUUUAUGUCCCUAAUUGUCUGUUUUAUUUUCUUCUAUAUCUGUCACCUGUUUCCCUUCCCUCCCCCACCAAAGCAGUCACAUUGAAUUUUUUCAUUCUUAUUCUACUAGCUUUAUAUGUUGAGCGGACAUUUCUGUGGAAGAUGGCUUAUUGGAGGCUUGACUACUUAGUUUCCUCCUGUGGGAUAGUUAAGACUACUCUGACUUCAAAGGCAGAAUCCUUUCUCUGGGCACAGAAGAACUGAGGACUGGGGUUCCAGAUUCUCCUUUAUUGUAAAGAAUUGAGUUGACAUUUGUGAGAGCCGCUGAGGCAGCAGCCCAUCUGGCUGUGUGUGAGCAGCCUCCUGUAGAAGUGUUUGGCUGCUUGCUGUUGGCACUUACUUACAGCAUAUGCUCUGUGGGGUAGGCACUUUCAGCUCAGAGUUUCCUACCUCACCUGUAGGCACAGAACAAAAUUGUCCCAGACUUGGAGAGCAGAAGGUAGUAUUUCCAUCCCUAUUUUACUCAUGGUUUAGCUAGUCCUCAAUGUGGAGCACCUAAAGUCAGGCAUUGGAAACUUACAAGACCGUUAUCAGUUGUACCUCUGCCCUUAAAAUCCAAGGCCUUAUGGAACAGUAUCAUUGCUGUUGGAUUUGAUGGCUGCAUUUAGAACCUUCCUACUUCCAAAGUUCAGUAUCUGUGCAGCACUUUUCCUCUUGAUCAGAAACAUCCCCUAUCAGGGCCUUCUUUAGCUAAAAUGAGAAUUAGAACCAUAGAAAUACAGAGUGGAGGUCGGGGAAAGGUUAUCUUUCAUUUCCUUUUGACAUGCUGGUUUGAUUGUGCAUCUUGGAAAGUCACUAAGAGAUGGGUUUCAGGGUAUAAAUCUCAGGAAGUGAGUAAGCAGCACAGAAUUUUGAGAGAUUGGUCACAGCAUAGGAGCACAGUGGACAUCCACAUAGAGCAUGCAGAAGAGCUCAACAUGGCCACCAGAUAUGCUGGAGGGAACCACUGCUGCUAAGAGCAGACGUGUGCUUUGCGGUUUUCUGGUGUGUUACUUUUGGAAGUAUUUUACUGUUCGGUGUCCCUUGCAUUGUUCACAGACCUGCAUCACACUGGGAGGGGCUUCAGAAGUGGCAGGCGUGUCCAUCACAGGUAGCCCGUGGAAUCAAAUUCAAGCAAAAUGUAUUUUAUUGUUUCAUUUUACCAAAAGGCAUACAGUGAGACAAAAGAAUCUUGUUACUAUACACAAGGCCACCAGUUUCUGUGUUUAUAAACUAGUCUCCCUACAUGUAUGAAGAUGCAUGUAUGUACAUUCUGCAUUAAACUUAUGGCAUUUCUGGACAUGAUUUGUUUUGAUUGUUAAGUUUUACAAUAAUGCAAAUAUCCCAAAUCUUUAAAUAUAGCGGUGCUAAGAUUUAUCAGAUAACACAAUACAGAAAGUGCUGAAAUGAAUUCAAACCCUUAGGAUUAACACCAGGGUUCCUGUUAAAUUAUACACGUGUAUCACUGCCUGAUUUGAAACCCCACCUUUCCUUUUUAAUCCAGCACAAUAUCAAACUGUGAUUCUAUAACUCAUCUUUUUAAUGGCUACAAAUAACCCAGUAUCUUUUUUUAAAAAAAAAAUGGGAAACUUUUCUUUUUAACACUAACUGCAAAGUGCUUAGCAAAGGGUUCCUUCCGGAUAACAGAGCAUUAUUUAUUAUUAUUAUUAUUAUUAUUCCUCCUCCUUCUCUGACUUGUUGGAAGACUUGCCCCUCCAACCAAGCAUUUCCAAAAGACAGUUUUCAGAUACUUCACAUUUCACCAAAAUGUGUUCAUAUGUUGGUCUGCAUUAGGUCUCUGCCAGUGCUUCCUACAUUCAUAGCCUCCAAGGGGUGAUGCCCAUCUGCAGAUGAUAGAAACCACCCCACGGGGAGCUGUGAAUAGCAUCAGUGUGGUUCACUUUGGGUAACUGGGUACUCACGUGUAUAUACUUAGAUUUGCAUCAUUCAAACCUCUUCUCUGCUUCUCUGCACGCACUUCCAGCUCUUGUGCUGUUUUAAAAUUCACUGGGUUUUGGUAAACACCAACAGAAACGUAAAUGAUGAUUGUUCUCCUGAGCAGACGUGAUUUGUUUUAUGGCUGUUUAAGUUAUGAAGUCGUUCUCAUAUUGUAGGUGAAUAAAACCUUGCUGUUUUUAGUGGUCACUGUAACUCGAGAUUAAAAUUUCUGGCACAAUGUUAUUAGUGUUCACUUCUGAAGCUAAUAAGAUAACAGAGUUUUCUAUGUUACUCUCACUGUAACAUCGAUAAAGUGACUUUCAAUAAAAGAUUUCUGUUAUUUUGA